AUGAAGACCCAUCUCUACCUCCUUUUGCUGGCUGCGGGCAUCUCUGCUGCUCCCCAGAUGAGCAGCAUGGCUGAAUUGCUGACAUUACUACAGCAAAUGUGUGAGGCAAUGACCAACGACGUUCAGAAUCUGAGGAUUGAAACUCCAGACAAUAUAGAUGAUGUGAAUUGUGUCAGCACAAUCUUUGAAGGAACAGAACAACUGAGAACCAAUCCAGCUAUGAAAAAAUUCAGUGUUUUUUUCCAAAACUUUGAAAGACUGAAGCAAUCACUCCCAGCAAGCCUGGCAAAAGAGGGGAAAUGUGAUACAGAAAGAAGGAAUGCAACAAUAUUCAUAGAAAAGCUGAUGAUGUUCAUCCGAAAAGCAUCAAAAAAUGCAAGACUGUAG